GCAUCCUUGGAAGCAACAAUUAAGCAGCUCUGGGAUAAAACACACAGCCCGCGGGAGCACGGGGGCAUUGCUUCAAGAGAUGGCAAGGCAGGCAGCUGCACCCCUCCUUCCCGGAGUCCUCCUCCUCCUCUUCUCCAUCCUCCCGGCUACUCAGCAAGGAGGGGUCCCUGGUGCUAUCCCAGGAGGAGUCCCAGGAGCAGGCUUUUUCCCAGGUGCUGGAGUUGGAGGUUUGGGAGCAGGACUCGGGGUUGGAGCUAAACCUCCCAAACCAGGGGUCGCAGGACUUGGGGGACUCGGCCCACUUGGCCUGCAGCCAGGUGCUGCAGGUCUCUUCCCAGGAGGUGCCUUCCCUGGGGGGGCCUUCCCAGGGGCCGCCUCGGCCGCGGCUCUCAAGGCUGCUGCGAAAGCUGGUGCUGGCCUUGGAGGCGUGGGUGGAAUUGGUGGUCCCGGUGGCCUCGGGGUCUCCACAGGUGCCGUGGUACCGGGCGCGGUGCAGCCCGGGGUUGGCGCGGCAGGGAAACCCCCUAAAAUACCAGGUGCUGGGAUUCCUGGAGCUUUUCCGGGCGGCGUGCUCCCCGGAGCAGGCGUUCGCUUCCCUGGUGUAGGGGUGCUGCCCGGAGUACCCACUGGAGCUGGAGUCAAGCCUAAAGGUCCAGGAGUUGGAGCCUUUGGAGGAAUCCCCGGACUGGGAGGUUUUGGAGGUCAGCAGCCCGGUGUCCCUCUGGGGUAUCCCAUCAAAGCUCCUAAGCUCCCAGGUGGCUAUGGAUUGCCCUACACCAAUGGCCUCAGGCCCGGUGGGCCAGGAGCAGGCCUUGUGGCAGGGAAGGCAGGGUAUCCCACCGGGACAGGAGUCGGAGCUCAGGCGGCCGCGGCAAAGGCAGCAGCCAAAUACGGAGCCGGUGUCCUGCCCGGGGUUGGCGGCAUCCCAGGAGUCGGCGGUUUGGUACCCGGUGUGCCAGGAGCUGGAGUUGGAGGACCAGCGGCGGCAGCAGCAGCAGCAAAGGCGGCGGCGAAGGCAGGAGCCUUUGCUCCAGGGGCAGUGCCUGGAGUUGGUGGUGUCCCAGGCCUCGUACCCGGAGUUGGAGCUGUCCCCGGACUGGUGCCCGGCGUUGGAGCUGUCCCCGGGGUGGCAGGGGUGCCGUCGGCAGCAGCAGCAGCAAAGGCAGCUAAGAUCGGAGCUGGCGUUCCCGGGGUUGGUGUUCCUGGUGUUGGCGUUCCCGGUGUUGGGGUCGGUGGUGUCCCAGGCCUCGUGCCCGGAGUUGGAGCUGUCCCCGGACUGGUGCCCGGCGUUGGAGCUGUCCCCGGGGUGGCAGGGGUGCCAUCGGCAGCAGCAGCAGCAAAGGCAGCUAAAUAUGGAGCUGGUGUUCCCGGUGUUGGUGUUCCUGGUGUUGGCGUUCCCGGUGUUGGGGUCGGUGGUGUCCCAGGCCUUGUACCCGGAGUUGGAGCUGUCCCUGGACUGGUGCCCGGCGUUGGAGCUGUCCCCGGGGUGGCAGGGGUGCCGUCGGCAGCAGCAGCAGCAAAGGCAGCUAAGAUCGGAGCUGGUGUUCCCGGUGUUGGUGUUCCUGGUGUUGGCGUUCCCGGUGUUGGGGUCGGUGGUGUCCCAGGCCUCGUGCCCGGAGUUGGAGCUGUCCCCGGACUGGUGCCCGGCGUUGGAGCUGUCCCCGGGGUGGCAGGGGUGCCGUCGGCAGCAGCAGCAGCAAAGGCAGCUAAGAUCGGAGCUGGUGUUCCCGGUGUUGGUGUUCCUGGUGUUGGCGUUCCCGGUGUUGGGGUCGGUGGUGUCCCAGGCCUCGUGCCCGGAGUUGGAGCUGUCCCCGGACUGGUGCCCGGCGUUGGAGCUGUCCCCGGGGUGGCAGGGGUGCCGUCGGCAGCAGCAGCAGCAAAGGCAGCUAAGAUCGGAGCUGGUGUUCCUGGUGUUGGUGUCCCUGGAGUUGGCGUUCCCGGUGUUGGGGUCGGUGGUGUCCCAGGCCUCGUACCCGGAGUUGGAGCUGUCCCCGGACUGGUGCCCGGCGUUGGAGCUGUCCCCGGGGUGGCAGGGGUGCCGUCGGCAGCAGCAGCAGCAAAGGCAGCUAAAUAUGGAGCUGGUGUUCCUGGUAUCGCUGGCGUUCCUGGCGUUCCCGGUGUCCCUGGUGUCCCCGGUGUUCCUGGUGUUCCUGGUGUCCCGGGCGUGCCCGGCGUGCCUGGAGUUCCCGGCGUGGUGCCUGGUGUUGGAGUGGGUGGCCCGGCAGCCGCAGCGGCCGCAGCGAAGGCGGCAGCGAAAGCCGCAGCGAAAGGACGUGUUCCCGGCGUUGGCGUUCCCGGCGUUGGCGUUCCUGGCGUUGGCGUUCCUGGCGUUGGCGUUCCCGGAGUUGGUGUUCCCGGUGUCGGUGUUCCUGGUGUGGGUGUGCCUGGUCUGGUGCCCGGUGGGGUCGGCAUUCCAGGAGUUGGUCCUGCAGCCGCCAAAGCAGCCGCCAAAGCAGCCAAGUUCGGAGCAGGUGGCCUGGCUCCUGGUGUAGGUGGCCUUGUUCCCGGUGUAGGUGGCCUUGUUCCCGGUGUAGGUGGCCUGGUCCCUGGUGUUGGAGGUGUCCCAGGGGUUGGAGGUCCGGCCGCAGCAGCGAAAGCAGCAGCAAAGGCAGCGAAAUUCGGAGCCGGGGUCGGAGGGGUGCCCGGUGUUGGAGUGCCCGGUGUUGGAGUACCCGGUGUUGGAGUGCCCGGUGUUGGAGUACCCGGUGUUGGCGUGCCCGGGUUGGUGCCAGGUGUGGGAGUACCUGGAGCUGGAGUCCUCCCCGGGGCAGGCAUCCCCCAAGUAGGUGCUAAACCUCCCAAAUUUGGUGUGCCCGGGGUUGGAGUGCCAGGAGUUGGUGGCCUCCCAGGUGGCCUUGGAGUUGGUGGCCUUGGAGUCGGUGGGCUCGGUGUUGGAGCUGCUGGGAAACCUCCCAAGCCAGGUUUUGGUGCUGGUCUAGGGGUUGGAGUUCCCGGCUUCGGCGUGUCACCAGUAUUUCCAGGUGGGGUCGGCGGCCAGCUGGGAUUUGGUGGGAAGCCCCCCAAGACCUACGGAGGAGCCCUCGGUGCCCUGGGCUUUAGAGGCGGCGUGGGCUGCGCAGCAGGGAAGUACUGCGGGAGGAGGCGGAAGUAACCGCGGCCGUCACCGCUGACCUCAUGAACUUUGGUGCUACUGCAUGGUCCAGAAUGUAAAUCCCGAGCAAAGCUGAGACGCCCCCCUCUCCCAAAACCCCUCCCGUCCAUCCCGGGGCCGUCCCGGGCCCCGCGUUCCCAGAAGGGGUCCAGCACCUCCGACAGCAUCCGUCGCCCCCCAGCCCCUCUGUCCCGGCAGGGAGCGCGGAAUAAACUGCGGGGAGCAGCCGUCCCCCUUGGUGCUAUCGCUCUCUGCGGGAUUUUGGGGGGGGCUUGGGGGGUCGCACCCCUCCCCAGCCCCGGAGCUG